AUGACGCACAAUCAAUACGUCCCUCUAGAGGAUGAAUCGGAGAAAGGAGAGAGUGAUUCUUUUGUACCACACGAGACAGUCAAACCGAGACCUUUGAACAGAGUCCUUGGCAUUAUAUCUUCUUGGUUCUGGGUUGUCUCAACUUUGUCUUUCGCCAUACUAUCAUUGAUUCUUACAGUUCAAUUGAGAAGCUCCCAUAAGGUAUUUGGGACCUAUGAGAGUGGUUUCAGAACAGAGAUAGAUUCUCUACAAUCACAGAUUGAAUUGCAUGAGGCCUCAUUUAGCGGAGGCUUGAAAUUGGACGAGAAUAGGACUUUGUAUCACGAUAUCGAUUCCACUAAACCACAAUACUCGGGCUGGCCAUCAGAGGAGCUGGAUGCCAAUUGGAAUCAACUAUUGUCCUCUCUAGAUCUAGACUUGGGUGAGGAUGAGGCUCAAGAUGUGAAAUAUGGGACUGGGAGAAAUCCACACACUGGAAUGUAUAGGAUCAGCCUGGAUGUGUAUCACUCUCUCCAUUGUCUAGACACGGUCCGGCGGGGUCUUGAUCCACAUUACUAUCAUCCAGAUAUGAAACUUCCCUAUACUUAUCGAAUGCAUAUCGAUCACUGCAUAGAUUAUUUGCGCCAGGGCAUAACAUGCAACUCAGAUUUGACGCCAUUGGCAUAUCUCUGGGAGGACGACCAAGACGGGUUUUUCCCUCUAUUUGGUAUGACACGCACUUGCCGCAAUUUCGAGAAAAUACAGGACUGGACAAGGAAACGUAUCCCAAAUGAUGAGGAACAUCAGUCUUGGGUUGCUGAAUGGGGCUCGUAA